UCCUCCGAAAAAUGGAUACCGUGUCCACCACCCACCUAACGGCCCACUGCCGACGCCUAUUCCUCGCUUCUCCUAUUUCCAGCCCACCCCGUACCCCUUUCUCUCCGCCGUGUAUUUCCUCUCUUUCCCCGCCGUCGGAACGCCAAAUUGCUCCUCUUUCCCUUGCCCUUCCUCGCGAUCUCGGGACCCGAAUGCGAUUUGAGCGAGAGGUAAGGCAUGGAAGACGACGGGGGAGGCGUUUGCUCAAAGGAGUCCGUCAAUGGCGGAACGGACGUCUGGAGCUCCUCUGCCUCUCCCGCUUCCUCCCCCGACCAUCUCGUCGUGAUGGUCCAUGGAAUCCUCGGGAGUACUGCUGACUGGCAAUAUGGAGCUAGUGAGUUUGUUAAAAUGCUUCCGGACAAAGUGAUGGUACAUUUUUCCUUUCUAGGUAGUGAAUGUAACAUGUAUAGGUUAACACUAGAUGGUGUUGAUGUUAUGGGCGAGAGAUUAGCAGAUGAGGUUGUUGGAGUAAUCAUUAGAAAGCCAGAAAUUAGAAAAAUUUCUUUCAUUGCACACUCUGUGGGAGGAUUGGUUGCAAGAUAUGCAAUUGGAAGGCUGUACAGACAUCCUGAAGGAAAUCCUUCACAGGAGCAUUUAGGUAACAUCUGUGUCAGAGGAACCAUAUGUGGUCUGGAAGCAAUAAAUUUUAUUACUGUUGCUACACCUCAUCUUGGUUCCAGGGGAAACAGACAGGUUCCAUUUCUUUUUGGCGUUACUGCCAUCGAAAAAGUUGCUUCUUGUGUUAUUCACUGGAUAUUUGGGAGAACUGGUAGGCAUCUUUUCCUUACAGAUAAUGAUGAAGGACAACCUCCCCUUUUGCUGCGUAUGGUGGAUGAUUGUGGUGAUCUUUACUUCAUGUCUGCUUUGCGAGCAUUUAAACGUCGAGUGGCCUAUGCAAAUGUGGGCUAUGAUCAUAUUGUGGGCUGGAGAACAUCAUCUAUCAGACGUAAUUCUGAACUGCCAACGUGGGAGGAUUCUUUGAAUGAGAAAUACCCACAUAUUGUAUAUGAAGAACUUUCAAAAGGAACCAAUUUUGAUCAAUGUGAAGAAGAUUCAGUCAUAAACAGUGACUCUGAUGAGUUAGAGGAAAAGAUGGUAAUAGGCCUCACCCGUAUAUCAUGGGAAAGAGUGGAUGUUAGCUUCCACAGCAGCAGACAAAGGUUUGCUGCACACAGUGUCAUUCAGGUCAAAUAUUCUUUUAUGCAUUCAGAGGGUGCAGAUGUUAUACAACACAUGAUCGAUCAUUUUCUUACUUGAGUCAGCUCUUUCAUGUUUGGGGCUCUGGAGACCGAGCAUCCCUUCAUGAUCCAUCAUCAUGGAUGAUAGAAAUGUCAUCAUUUAUUCAUGAGCGCCCAAUUCAGACCUCCAAAGCUUGUGCUGCUGCAUAGCUGUUGCUAUCAUAAGCCUUGUACAAGUGUGAUGCAUCCUCAAGAUGACUUUGAGGAACCACAUGGUUGACUAAUAAAAUAUAAUCAUUGAUGCCUGUUUAUAGGUGUUAUUUUUUUGAAAAUUUUUUGUCCCAUAUCAAAUCAUUAAUUUUUUUUCUCCAUAUUUGCA